AUGCCAUCAUCAGUAUGCUCGAAGGACAAGCAGCCAUUUCGGAGCGGUCUAGUUGAGUCACAACGAACUUCUCGACCGUCGUCAGCCGAGGAAGUUGAACAUUCGCAGGAAGUUGAACAUUCGCAGCAUCACGACGAAGAGAAGGGCAUUCAACAUGUCGAUAAGACAUUCGACACACGCUCGACUAAAACGACCGAGUCCGUCAUCCCUCCGCCACCCGAUGGGGGCCUCCAUGCGUGGCUGAAAGUCUUUGGUGGCUUCAUGAUAUAUAUCAAUAUUUGGGGAUUCACGCUGAGCUAUGGUGCUUUCCAAGCAUACUAUAAGUCCGAUCUGCUAUCCUCCGCCUCGCCCUCAGCCAUAUCAUGGAUCGGUACGGUUCAAGCCUGGCUGUUGAUAUUUUUCGGAGUUUUGUCCGGUCCACUCUUCGAUCUGGGCUACUUUCGUGUUAUGCUCUUCACCGGCAACUUUCUAGUCGUCUUCGGUAUUAUGAUGCUCAGCCUGAGCACGCAGUAUUGGCAGGUCUUUCUGAGCCAGGGGAUUUGCAUGGGCCUUGGAGCAGGGCUUUUGUAUAUCCCGAGUCUGGCAUUGGUGGGAAUUUGGUUUGAUAAGAAAAGGGCAAUCGCGUUAGGUAUCGUUAUGAGUGGGAUUGCUGUUGGCGGAGUUGUUUACAUUAUGAUGUUUGACCGGAUAUUGAAGUCGUCUGGCUUCCCAUGGGCUAUGCGUGCCAUAGGAUUUGUUGCGCUCGCCGCCGCAUUGCUCUCUAUCCCGGCCCUCCUUAGUGGAUCGAGCGUUCUGGCGACGAAACGCAAGGCGCGAUCUCUAUUCGACAAGACCGCGUACAAAGACAAACUGUUUCUCAUAUUCACCUGUUGCUCAUUUUCGACAUUUCUGGGAUAUAUCGUACCCUACUUCUACAUUCCCACGUAUGCACGGGAUCGUCUGGGUUUGAGUCAGAGUAUGGGUCUUUACACGUUGGUCAUGGCGAUCGCCGCAAGCUUCUUUGGGCGAUUGGUGACUGGAGGUCUCGCCCAAUGGCUUGGACCCAUCGUAACGUGGGCUCUAAGUACUUUCGCCAGCGCCAUCUUAUCAUUGUGCUGGAUCAGUAUCGAUCAGGAGGCACAUUUCAUUGCUUUCAGUAUCCUGUGGGGAUUCUUCUCCGCUGCUCUAGUUACCCUACCGUCUGCCGCGUUCGCAAACAUCACCCCAGAUCUUUCUCGACUAGGCACACGCCUUGGAAUGUCGUGGAGUGUGUCGAGCAUAGCUACUCUCAUCGGUGCGCCCAUCGCUGGUGCGCUGCUGAAGACGAAUCCUGAUGGUCACUUGAAUUUCAUUGGUGUCCAGAUUUGGAGUGGAGUUUGCCUAAUGGUGGGAACGGCAUUUCUGUGCGUGCUGUGGUUUGUGACGAUGAAAACACAGAACAAAGGAUGGCGUAUAUAG